AUGCUCGUCCUAACUCGGUCGCGACUCGCCUCGUCCCUACGGGCACUAAAUCAAACAUGGCGCAGUCAUGCGGGAGCAACCAGCCCUGCGCGCGCAGAAGAACCCCUAUUCGGCCGCCUGAUCGAGGUUGUUCAGCAUACCUGGUACCUCGGAUUCACCUCGUUCGGGGGACCGCCUGUUCAUUUCCAGAUCUUUCAUGCGCGGUUCGUCGAGAAAGAAAAGUGGGUAGACGAGCAGACGUAUCAAGAACUCUUCGCCAUAUGUCAGGGUCUUCCCGGACCAGGAUCAACAAAGAUGCUGUUUUGCUUGGCUUUGCUUCAUGCGGGGUUUAUCCCAGCUUUGCUUGCAUUCCUCCUCUGGUCUCUCCCCGGCGCAAUCGGCAUGUAUGCACUCUCUCUCGGCGUACAACGGAUUGAUGAAGCUCUUCCGGCUCCAGUCUACGCUCUCCUCUCCGGCCUGAACGCCUCCACUGUAGGCAUUAUUGCUCUUGCUGCUGUCCAGCUAGCUGAAAAGGCAAUCCGUGAUAAGAUUUCCCGAAUCCUGGUCAUUUUUGGCGCAUGUGCUGGCCUGUGUUAUAGUGCGCUCUGGUAUUUCCCUGUUCUUAUGGUUGCCGGUGGUGUAGCUACUGCGCUGUGGGAUGGGUUGGUGCACCAACAGAUUUUGAGGGCGAAGAGCGCAUGGAGGAACAGAAAUCGGCAGCCCGAGCCAGAGGGUGAUGCCCCUAAUCCUGCGGGUCCGAGCGAUACAUCUGGAAGGAAUUCAGCUCGGGAGCUGGGGAUGGAGAUGCUGCGGAUGAGAAAACCGGAUGCAGGGACUUUGACGCAACACCCGACCAAUACCCGGGAUUCAGAAGGAAGCGAAGGGCCUCCGUCUCAAGACCAUGUGAUUCGUAUUCGUGCUGGACUUGUGAUUCUUAUUUUCUUCUUCGCCAAAGUUUCUCCACCACCUUUGGCCCUCGAUCUCUUCGCAAACAUGUACCUCGCUGGAACUGUGAUAUUUGGCGGAGGCCCAGUUGUUAUUCCGCUGCUCCGUUCCUACGUCGUGGACCCAGGCUGGGUCUCCAGUCGAGACUUCCUGAUUGGCCUUGCUAUUAUCCAGGCCUUCCCUGGCCCAAACUUCAACUUUGCUGUUUUUCUCGGCGCACUCGCCCUUCAGACCACAUCCUACCCGACGAUUUUUGGUGCAUUCCUUGGUGGGUUUGGGAUCUUUUUCCCUGGAAUCGCCCUUGCUAUCGCGGUCCAGUCCUUCUGGCGUGUUUUACGGAAACAGAAGUACGUUAUUGAUUUUCUGCGCGGUGUGAAUGCGACAGCCGUAGGAUUAGUCUUUACGGCUGUGUACCGGCUUUGGGAAAUAGGAUAUCUGAAUCCCGGGGAUCGUGAUGGGCAAAGUCUGGCAAAGGAGCCCUGGUGGGUCGUUGUCGCCGCUGUCACUUAUGCUGAGAGUGCGUGGUUCAGUGUUCCACCUGCAGCCGCGAUCUUGCUAGGAGCCGCCCUUGGCUUAUGUUGGUAUGGAGUUGUUGCUCCAGCUUGGUGA